AUGGUCUCUUUUGGAUUCUUGCUUUCUUCUCUUUUAUCAACUGUCUAUUCCCUUUUUGCUUAUGGUACUCUCUUUUGGAUUCUUGCUUUCUUCUCGUUUUCAACUGUCUCUUUUUGCUUACUCUCUUUGGAUUCUUGCUUUCUUCUCUCAACUGUCUCUUCCUUUUUUUUGGGAUUCUUGUUUCUUCUCUUUUUUCAACUGUCUCUUCCCUUUUUGCUAAUGGUACUCUCUUUUGGAGUCUUGUUUCUUCUCUUUUAUCAACUGUCUCUUCUUUUUUUGCUUAUGGUACUCUCUUUUGGAUUCUUGCUUUCUUCUCUUUUAUUAACUGCCUUUUCACUUUUUGCUUAUGGUACUCUCUUUUGGAUUCUUGCUUUCUUCUCUUUUAUCAACUAUCUCUUCACUUUUUGCUUAUGGUACUCUCUUUUGGAUUCUUGCUUUCUUCUCUUUUAUCAACUGUCUCUUCACUUUUUGCUCAUGGUACUCUCUUUUGGAUUCUUGCUUUCUUCUUUUUUAUCAACUGUCGUUUCUUUUUGCUUAUGGUAUUCUCUUUUGGAUUCUUGCUUUCUUUUCUCUUUUUCUUUUUUCAUGGUACUCUCUUUGGAUUCUUGCUUUCUUCUCUUUUAUCUUCACUUUUUGCUUAUGGUACUCUCUUUUGGAUUCUUGCUUUCUUCUCUUUUAUCAACUAUUCUUUCUCUUUUUCUUCUUUCUUCUUUUAUCAACUAUUUUGCUUUCUUCUCUUUUAUCAACUGUCUCUUCACUUUUUUUGCUGAUGGUACUCUCUUUUGGAUUCUUGCUUUCUUCUCUUUUUAUCAACUGUCUCUUCUCUCUUUUUGCUCAUGGUCAUUUGUCUCUCUCUUUUUUUGGAUUCUUGCUUUCUUCUCUUUUAUCAACUGUCUCUUCCCUUUUUACUUAUUGUAUUCUCUUUUAGAUUCUUGCUUUCUUCUCUUUUAUCAACUGUCUCUUCCCUUUUUACUUAUGGUACUCUCUUUUAGAUUCUUUCUUUCUUCUCUUUUAUCAACUGUCUCUUCACUUUUUGCUUAUUGUAUUCUCUUUUAG